AUGAGUCAUCUUCAAGGGAAUAUCAGCACGUCGAAUAUUGUGCGUUCAUCUUCGUCGGGAGUGAUGAGUAUGGAUGAUCACUCACCAGUAACAAAUUCGCCAGCAGGAGCUUCUCCAUUUCCACAAUCCUUUCCCCCUUGUGUAGAUAUUCGGUCUAAAUUCCACGAAAUGUUAAAGAAUAAUACUACUGAUUUGGCAGUGGUUGGAAUUUCUCUUCUCACAAGCGUGAUUGAACAUAGCAAGGCAUCUACCAUGUUGGAAAUUACUCAUGAACUCAACAAUGCGACACAAGAAAUUCUCAGAGUGGCAAGAAAUGAUUUGAAGGAUUUUCCACACUUCUUUUCAUCUAGUAUUACUCUCAGAUCUGCCUGUGAUAUCUAUCAGCGUUUUGUUACAAGACAAUUUUUGGAGAUUCAAGAUUUUGGAGCGUGUAAAAAAAGAUUGACGGAAAGAGGAAAAUAUAUUCAAAGUUUAAGCGCUCAAUCCAAGGAGAGUAUUAGUGAAUUAUUUAGACCAUUUUUCUGUAGAGACAAUAUGCAAAUUAUGCUCGUUGGAGGAUAUAGUGAAAUGAUUAUUACUAUUUUAGCCUAUGUCACUACUCAUGUGAAUCAUCAAAGUGCAUUCCGUUUCAAGAGCGUUCUUGUUCCAGAAGGAAGACCUGAUGGAAGCGGAUAUCGUAUUGCUCAAGCUCUAUCAGCUUAUAAUAUUCCUAUCACAAUUAUCACAGACGCCAGUAUCGCCUAUCACAUGUCUAGCAGUGAUCUCGAUUUUGUGUUAAGUGGUGCUGAAGGAGUUGUCGAAAGUGGUGGCAUUAUUAACAAGAUUGGAACUUACCAAGCUGCAAUUUUGGCUAAGGAGCACAAAAAGCCAUUCUAUGUAGCAGCAGAGAGUUUCAAGUUUGUCAGACAAUAUCCUGUCAAUCAACAAGACCUUAUUGAGAAAAUGGAAAAUGGAUCAAUAUAUUAUAUCAAUCAACCAGAAUACAAGAUGAUUCCAGCACUUGGAUUCUCAGACAUGACCCAAGAGGACGUUCAAAACACAUUACUGAACGAAAAAUCUGUUCAAAUCAGCAACCCCAUUAGUGACUUUACACCACCAAAAUAUAUUACCAUGUUAUUCACAGAUUUGGGUAUUUUGACACCAAGUGGAGUCUCUGAUGAAUUAAUCAAAUUAUACUCAUAA